AUGACGUUAGUCUCAUCAUCGCCCUCCUCACAGUGCGCAGCGGUGAGUCCUUUGCCGGAAGAAGCCGCAAGUCCUCCGCCGGCCGCCUGCGCUGGCUGCGUCAAACUCCACAACGACAUCAAGCAGGUUCGCUUGUUUCGCGCGAAAAAAGGAGGAAGACGUUUUUGCAGAACGUUCAACAAAUGAUGGACAAGUUUGAUAUUCUCUACAUGCGGUUAGAAAGUUUCAUCAAUGAGAAGGAAAAAGAGCGGAUUGCGGUCGCCGAGCAGCUCAGCGACAGCGGAAGUGAAGAAAAGGUGAACAUUUUCAAUACUUUUUUGCCGAUUUUUCAAAAAGAACUAUUUUUGAUCAUGAGUUUAUACUUUAUUCAAAUAUCAAUUCAAAUAAAUAUUUGUUUACUGAUCAAAUUUGUUCGUUUUAAAUUCGUUUUCAGAUCAUCUGUAGGUCGUUGUUUCGAACGAUUUGUAGCUCACAUAAAUUUUUUGAAAAUUUUCAAAAUCAAUUUUUAAACGCUUUUCAGGAAUUAUAUUCAUUUUAUUAUGUUAAGACAUGAUAGUUCUUUACCAUCAGAAUAAAUGCUCUAGUUCAGCCGAUUUGUUUCUGAGAUUAAUGUGUGAAGGCUUACUGACUGUUAGAUUUUUCAUAAAAGAGCUACGAUCACCUAAAGGUAUUUUUUUACUCAUUUCCCACGCAGUCACCUUUUAGUUGCUCUUUUCACAUUUAUUUUCCUCAGGACGCACCGUCGCCGUCAGACAGCAGAGAAUCGCCCUCGCUGGUACAAGGCAGCCGGAAACGGAAGCCGACGAAAGACGCCGUGCACCGGAUGCCCGAAGGCGAGGAAAAGUCUGGCGAGCACCAGAAGGCGGCAAUGACGACGCCUCCAGUCUCGGCCGCCUCCUCGCCGUUCGCCGAAGGCUUCAAUUUCCCGGCGAAUCUCGUCGGAAACAUGGGUCUGUCGACUUCUGAAGGCCUUCGCGAACUCUCGGUCUUUGCAGUGGACCCUCUCGCCCAGCAGCAGCACCAGUUCAUGCAGUUUCUGGCCGCCGUCCAGCAGCAGCAGCACAAUUCCCUGCAGCACAACGGCGUCCAGUCGACUCCCCGGCCUGAGCCUGUUCAAGUGAAGCAGGUUCGUUGACGACCAGUUUCCCCGAUUCUUUAUAACAAUUGUUCUUAUUUUGAGAAUUCACAAUGAGAAAUGUUUAAAUAACCUUUUUUUGUUAAAUUGAACAAAAAGCUCACAAUAUUUUUUUCGCACAUCUAUAAUUAUCAUAAGAAAAAAGUUUCAUUUUUGAUACGAUCAAAUUUUUUUUAAGUUUUUUUCAAAAAAAUUAUAUUGAAAAAAAGAUCAAUAUUUCGAAAGCUAUCAUCUGGUAUAUACAAACGUCUAUAUGAUCAUUGCUGCUCCCCGAAAAACUUUUAUUUUAAUCAAAUAUUGUCUUUGUCUUCUCUUAACAUGAUAAAACUCUAUUCAAAGUUUCUCAAAAUUGGUAACUAAAAAGGUCUAGGAAGAUUUGUUAUUUUUUUCCGAUCAAGACUUGGGUUUUUUUCGCUUUUAAUAUUUUCUCAAUGAAUAACUAUUAGAUUGGUCCGAAAUCGGAUAAUGAGUCCCUUGCAUUUUAGGAAGCAGUCGCUUCUUCUCCCGAUCCUCAAACAAUCAUCGAACAGUUGCAGCAGCAGUUUAAAGAGGUAAGCUCAGAAAUGUUUCAAAUAUUCUCAUUCCUUUCUGUUAGCAACAGAAAAAAAGUUCUCUGUGGAUUUCCGAACAAUUCGUCAUCGCGUUUGAAUUUCCUCUGAUCUGAAGGUUCCCACCUUUGUGUUAAAAAGGAGGGUUGACUCGCUUGUCCUAACGGCCCUCUUUUUGAAUGUCGCGUCGAUUUCUUUGUUUCUGAGCCGCGUUUUUCCUCUCUCGUUUUUUUUUUUGGUUACUGCCGGCGUCGUUUUUUGCGCGCUGAUCCUCCCUCUGUUGGAUCGCCGUGCCGACUUUUUCCACAUAAUGAAUGGCUUCUCUGCGCCCAGGGAAACUUUGAGUUCCAUCUGAUUCGCCAAAGUUUUGGGUUUAUGAAAGUUAGAAGAGAUUUUGAUCAAUUUCAUAGAUUUGUCAAUGCGGACUUCAUUCAAAGCUUGCAUAUCAUAAAAUAAAGUUUGAAAGGCUGAUUUGGACCUUUUUUCAAGUUUCUGUGAGGAAAAUAGUCAUUCAUUUUCGUACUGAAUCAGACUGGGUUUGAAGUUUGUGAAGAAUUUUUGAUUGCUAGUUUUAUUGCACACAAAUGGUUUCAAGUAUUAGUAAAUUUUUUCCGGGACUCGUUUAUAAAUGUGUUUCUAAGAUAUUUUUUCCAGGCAAAUCCAACUUGACUUUUUUUAAUCGUUUGAUAUUAAUAGUAUUUUUUUUCUGAAAACUGAAAUAGAAAUUUGAAGACGAAAACUUGAUUUUUUGAAAAAUUUUGCGAUUUACAAAGAGAGUCAUUUUUGAUUUGCAAUUUUCGAAUGUCUGCUCAAACUCCUGUAAGACCUCUCAAUAGUCUGCCUCCGAACUCUCAUGAAAGUUGCGUUUGUUUGGUUUUAGAUCUAGAUCCUAUUCUAAAUGCGAAAUAAAAAAAAUCUUGUUUAUUGUAAAGGAUAUUUUUCUGAGUACAUUUGCUUGAUAAAAAGAGAUGUUUCCAGAAAAUGGAGGACGAUGACCAGAAUUCGUCUUUGUCGCGAUGCUCGAACUGCAUGACGACCAAAACGACUGCGUGGCGACGGGAUCUUGCCGGAAAACUCGUGUGCAACGCCUGCGGCCUUUAUUACCGACUCCACCGGGUAGGUGUUCCUUUAGAAGCGAUCACUCGGGGGCUGAAACUCGCGCGCUUGCAUGUCAAGCGGUUAGCAGAUCAUGUCAUAGAUGGACGACACAAAGGAGGCCGUGAAGGACGGCUGGAAGUGUUUGAGGUUGUUAGGUGGCGAUCGAGGCGCAAGAUACCGGCUGGUCCAGGGAUUCGGUAACGAUUAGUGUGUCUACGUCGCUCUCCGAGAUAAUAAGCACACAAUUACUCCGAGUCGUCUUCUCGACACACUUCUUCUUGUGGCUGGGUAUCGGGGUACGACCUUGCGAAGACGCGCAUAUUAUGAUGAUUAAGUCGCAGUGCAGCUGAUUGCUGGGUUCACCUUGCACGCCUACCUAAUUUCCUAUUCAAUUCGUCGGUGCCGGUGAAGACGACGAUUAGAGCGGAAGUGGCGUGCGAGUUAUAAGUGGCCCGAUCCGCCAACCGCAAAAGAGGCCUCUAUGAAUUGAAUAAGGCAAACAGACUCCGUCACAAUCAUCACGGCCGUCUUUGUCACGGUCACCAUCCGUGAACCUUCUUUUUUGGCGCUAGGUGGUGUCUGCAGAAGGAGAUUCCCUGAAAAACGUCCAGGGCUUCACGGACAAAUACAAAUAAUGGUGGUAGCAUUUUCUGGACUUAAAAAUGAGUAGACAUUUCCUUUGAAAUAACGAAGUCGUAAUUUGUCAAAAAACUUUGGAGUUGUAAAACAUCGUCUAGAUCAUUAUUACUUCUUUCCUUACUUUUUCGAACACUUUGAAAGAAAUUCCGAACAGACCACAUUUUCAGUGUCACCGGUGUAGAUAUGGUCUGUGGAUUUUAAAAAAGUUUGAAAUAGAAAAAAAAUUCUUUAACUUUUUAAUAAGGCAUGACGUUACAGAGAAAAAAAAAAGCUGAUUUUUCGUACUCUUCAGUAAUUAUCUUCAAAAAUCGUCUGCCUUUCCCCCUGCGAACUCAGAAUAAGACUCUGUUUUCGCCGCGCACUUGUUUCUGUUGCGUUGUCUUGUUUUCGCGUGUUCAGUUCCCAAAGAUAGACUAUAAUUAGCGGUGUGGGUGGAAGUGGAGGAGGAAACUCGUCAGUUGCAAAACGCCACGAAAUGAAUUGGUCAAACUGAUCGAUUUUCAGACCCAUCGACCGGUGCACAUGAGGAAGGACUUCAUCCAGCAGCGGUUCAGAAGAAAGAUCAAAGAGGAGGAGGUUCGUCGUUUUUUUAUUGAGUCUGAGCGAAAAACAGAAGAAAAAACCGCGCGGACAGUUGGCUCGUCCACCCAAACGCGCACUUGCCAGCUCAUUUUGAUGGGAAACGGCUUCUUUUAUGAGAUUUUGCGUUGACUGUGAGGAAAUGAGAUGAAUUAACGAAAGCCUGUUGCAGUGACAUAUAUAUUCCUGUUUAAAAAAACAUCAAAACGAUUGCAAUCUCAUCGAUACAGCUUACAAAAGAAAAACAGGCAAAAAACCGGCAACCACUCAUACUUAAGUGACUUGACGUCGUGGUUUUGAAAAGGAAUUUCGGCGGCCUGUAUGUUUUCGUAAUAUUGAAUAAAUUUUUCUUGCCAUGGGAGUACAUUUCUAAAUUUUAUAGCUCACUUCAACAUUUUGAAAGUUCAUUCAAGAUCACCGAAAAAAAAACCUAUCAAAAAUGAGUUUGAAAAAGCUUGCUUAAAAACUGAUUGCACUAGGUUUUUUGUUGAUAAAAAAACUUUACUCAUGUUUUUUUUAUAAGCAGAUAUUUUUAGGAUUUUAGGAUUUUUUUCUUUCAAAAAAAUCGAAGGAAUUUUGUAAUUUUUUUCCUGCAUAUUUUUCGACAGUUUUUUCGCGAUACCGCUUAAUGCUAAGCAAGUAAAUUUUUUUUUUUGGAUUAUGAAUAUUCUUUCCUCAGACUAUCGAGAAAUUUUGAACUCGAAUUCAGAUGAGAUGAUUUUUCACACUUUUCUUGUGAAAUUUGGUGACAAAAUAAUCGUCCUACAUUCAAAAAUAAUUUAUUUCCCCCUUUAUAUAUCAUUUUAACAGACAAACAACCAAUCGGCCAUGUUCAACUCGUUGUUUGGCAUGACGGCUCUCGGCCAGACUCCGCCCAACGCCUUCAGCUUCCUCGAGCAGUUCAACCAGAUGAGCCAGAACCAGGAGCAGCUCAACAAUCCGGCGCCUGUUUGA